AUGCUCCUUUUCCUGGCAUUGCUCGUUGAGCUCGGAUCGCUGCCAGCCGGCCUGGGUGCAGAAGGCAUACUGGUGCGCCUCACGGUGCCACGGAAGAUAAGGCCCAGUGGGAGGGGGAUUUCGGAAGGGCAGGUGAUUUAUGUUGUUACAGUUGAUGGAAAACCAUUCACCCUGCAUCUCAGAAAACACUCAUUCUUAUCCCAGAAUUUUUUGAUUUAUACAUAUAAUGAAGCUGGAUCUUUGCAUUCUGAGUCUUCAUACUUUAUGAUGCAUUGUCAUUACCAAGGUUAUAUUGCUGAGUUUCCGAAUUCUGUUGUGAGCCUCAGUAUUUGUUCUGGCCUCAGGGGAUUUCUACAGUUAGAAAAUAUCACCUAUGGAAUAGAACCACUAGAAUCUUCAGCAAAAUUUGAGCACAUCAUUUAUCAAGUGAAAAAUGGCAAUCUAGAUGUCCCCAUGUUAGCAGAAAAUUAUGGCAGCAUUUGGCAGAAUGACCAGCUCUAUAAAAUUCACUUAAACUAUCAGGAAAAAGCUCCUUCAAAACUAUUACCCAAGUGUCUACAAAUGCAUAUUAUAGUUGAAAAGGCUUUGUAUGAUUACAUGGGAUCUGAAAUGAUGGCUGUGACACAGAAAAUUAUCCAGAUUAUUGGUCUUGUCAACACUAUGUUUGCCAAUUUCAAACUGACUGUUCUGCUCUCUUCUGUGGAACUGUGGACACAUGCAAACCAAAUUUUGACCAGUGGAGAUGCCGAUGAUGUAUUGCAAAGAUUUUUGGAAUGGAAACAGGACCAUCUUACCCUGCGGCCUCAUGACGUAGCACAUUUACUUAUUUACAGGGAACACCCUAAGUACGCAGGAGCGACCUUUCCUGGCAGGAUGUGCACCAAACAUUACGACGCCGGGAUUGUCAUGUAUCCAGAUUAUAUAAGUUUGGAGGGAUUUUCAGUUGUUAUAACUCAACUGCUUGGCCUUAACAUGGGAUUGACGUAUGAUGACAUCAGUAACUGUUCUUGUCCAAGAGCUGCAUGCAUAAUGCAACAGGGAGCAGUGAGUUCCAGUGGCAUAAAGAUUUUUAGCAACUGUAGCAGGGAUGACUACACUCGCAUCAUUUCAAAAUAUGAGACUAAAUGUCUUCAUGACAUUUCAACUGUGCAACCAUUACAUCAAACCCAACCUGUUUGUGGAAAUGGAAUUUUGGAACCCGAUGAAGAAUGUGACUGUGGUGUGGAAAAGGAAUGUCAAUUUAAAAAGUGCUGUGACUAUCAGACUUGUAAACUGAAGAGUUCGGCGACGUGUGGCUCUGGCGCGUGCUGCACCUCCAAGUGUGAGUUCUCAGUAGCAGGCACUCCCUGUAGAAAGAGUCUUGACCCCGAGUGUGACUUCACGGAGUACUGCAAUGGCACUUCCAGUCAUUGUGUUCCUGACACGUACGCACUGAAUGGCCACUUGUGCAGAAUGGGGUCUGCAUACUGCUAUGGCGGGCAGUGCCAAGCCACUGACUACCAGUGUGCCCAGUUAUUUGGCAAAGGUGCUCAAGGUGCUCCCUAUGACUGUUUUAAAGAAGUUAAUUCUGCACAUCAGAGAUCUGGAAACUGUGGUUUUAAAAAUUCACAACCAUUACCUUGUAAACCAAAGGACGUCCUCUGUGGGAUAUUAGCCUGUACCUGGCUGCAUAAGCAUAUUCAUAAAAGUGCUGCCCGGUCUGCCGUUUACUCUUUCAUUCAUGACCAUGUGUGUCUGUCCCUGACCCCUGGGUCGUCUAUGAGAGAAGAUGGAAGGGACAACGCCUUUGUGGCUGAUGGCACUGUGUGUGGACCACAAAUGUAUUGCAUCAACCAAACCUGCAGAGGAGCUCAUUUAAUGGGAUAUAACUGCAAUGCCACUGAAAAAUGCAAAGGAAAUGGGAUAUGCAAUAAUUUGGGGAAUUGUCAGUGCUUCCCUGGCCAUCGACCUCCGGACUGCAACUUCCAGAUUGGUGCACCAGGGGGCAGUGUUGAUGAUGGAAAUGUUCAGAAAUCUGAUCUAUUUUUGAUUAAAAAAGGCUUCAGGAAGCAUUGGGACAACUGGCUCAUUCUAGGCUUCUACAUUUUCCUGCCAUUCCUCAUAACUUUUGCCAUUAUGAUCGUGAAGAGACAGGAAGCGAGAAAAAUCGUGCAGCAGAUGGAACAGAGUAUGAGGAGUAAAUAG